GUAUUCAUCAUGAAUUUGUAUAUCAAGUAAUGAAACAUCCACAAAAAACUAGCUGUUGAACUUGAUGAACAAUCAUUGACAUAUUGUGAACUUCUAUAUUAUGUUCAAGUGUUAUCUUUAACUCUUGUUAAUGAAUACCUUAUCACUGCAGGUGAGGUCGUAUGUCAAUGUGUUGAACGAAGUUUAUCAAUGGUGAUUGGCAUAAUGGCGAUUGAAAUGGCUGGUGGUGUUUAUUGUCCAUUGUCACCUCGAGAUCCGCAGCAUCGUUUGCAUGCUCUUGUACAACAAACACAAAGCUGUCUUGUUCUUGUUCAUGAUUUGACCAAGACCAAGUUUAAUUAUGACAUCGUGUUGCUUAGUAUCGAUUCAAUUCUGAGUAAUAUAGAGACGGACAGUAAAAUUCAUGUGAAUCGACUCUCAAAUGUCGUGGUAAUAUCUGAUAAUAUGGCAUACAUCAUCUUCACAAGUGGAUCAACAGGAACACCAAAGCCGGCUCAACUUCGACACAGAAAUUUUACUCGAUCAAUACAAUCUUUAGUACAUGUUGAUAUAUUUAACAAAAAUGAUAUCAUUAUACAAAUGGCACGAUGUUCGUUUGACCUUCAUGUUCAGGAAAUCUUAGGAACAUUAAUGAUAGGAGCCACAGUAAUCAUGUUACAUCCACAAGGAAACUAUGAUUUCGAAUAUCUCUCCAUGCUUAUGGAAAGGAAACAAAUUAGUUUUCUUUAUACUGUACCCACAUUACUGGCACUCUUUUUUAAUUUUAUCAAAGACACUAAAAAAACAUAUAUUAUGCAAUAUUUGCGAUCUCUUUGCACUGGAGGUGAACGUUGCUCUGUACAACUUGUUGAAUUAUUAGAAAGCAUUACAAAUAACGACUGUUCUAUAUGGAAUUUAUGCGGACCAGCAGAGACAACUCUUCAAUCUUUGUUUCAUCGAGUCAACUCAGAAAUAGAUACAGAGACUAUACCACUUGGUAGACCACUACCUAAUUAUUCCUGUACAGUCGAAGACAAUUUCGGACUGCCUAGCUUUAUCGGUCAAGAAGGAGAGAUACUGGUGAGAGGCGCAGGGAUCUUUGCUGGAUAUCUUUAUCGUGAUGAUUUAAAUGCAAAAGUUCUUGUCGAAAUAGAUGGUGAGCUAUUUUACCGAACAGGUGAUCUUGCUAGAAUAGAUAGCAAUGGUCUUCUUCAUUAUCAAGGAAGAAAAGAUCAUCAGAUCAAAUUACAUGGACAACGAAUUGAACUUGGUGAAAUAGAACGAUGUUUACUUAACAUCACAUCUAUUUCUGCUUGUGUUGUCAUGAAAUGGAAGGAUGACCAUCUAGUUGCUUAUGUUCAGUCAUCUCAUAUGAAUGAACAGGAAUUGCGUGAACAUUGUUUAUCUCAUCUUCCACCACAUAUGAUUCCAUCUCUUUUUAUUAUACUUGAUAAACUACCAUUGAAUGCAAAUGGAAAAGUAGACAGAAAACAACUUCCUUCACCCCAAUUUUCUACAUCAACUUUGUUAACGUGUGAUAAAUCUGAUACUCUUCUGAAUCAGUUCGAACAACGUAUACACACUAUUUGGUGUCAAGUUCUUCAUUGUAAUGAGAAUCACAUUUCUAGAACUACCAGUUUUUUUAGUGUUGGUGGUCAUUCACUUUUAUUUAUUGAACUUUAUCACCAUUAUCAAUCAGUAUUUAACUUUGAUGCUCAUUCACUUUCCAUUGCUCCAUUUCUUCAACAACCAACGAUAUCUCAACAUUCACAAUUACUUCAAACAGUUACAAUGAGUAAUAUCACGGCAACACAAUGGCACACAUUACAUAUAAAUGAAGGUAUUGCCUCUUUUGCUCAAGAGCGUAUCUUUCUUGAUGAACAAGUUCGUUUUUCGAGUGAUGUUGCUGUCUAUAAUGAAAUGUCGACUUUACAAGUUGUUCAAGGAUCAUUAUCGUUAAAUCGUUUAUUACAAUCAUUUCGAUUUGUUUUGAAUAAACAUAAAAUAUUACGAACAUCACUUAUGUUCAACAAUGACGACGGUAUUUUGAGACAAUGCAUCACAGAUAUACAUAGAACAUUCACAAUAACUAUGUAUCAAACAUUUCAAAAUGAUAAUGAACUUCGAAAUAUCAUUUAUCAAGCAACGAUUAAUCCUACUCUCUUCGAUUUAUCAACUGGUCAUGUUUUUCAUGCUGAAAUUCUAAAGCAACAAAUACCAUUAAAUGAGAAUGAAAAUAAUAGCGAUGAGUUCAUAACCAACUCUGAUGUUCUCCUCAUUGCUUUUCAUCAUGCAGCAUUUGAUCGAGCAAGUUCUUCGAUGUUUUUCAAUGAUCUAUGUUUCGCUUAUAAUACUAAUGCAAUACCAAUAGAAGAUGAUAAUGAAUCAUUACAAUAUAUUGAUUAUAGUGUACAUGAACGUCUAAUUGAUAUGUCAACAUCUCGUGAAUUUUGGUAUUUACAAUUAGAAGGAUACAAUUUGGACUCUCCGUUAUCAUUACCAGUUGAUCGACAUCGUUUAUCUAAUAAUCAUCGAUCGAGUUCUGCUUGUGUCACUCAUAUCUCUUUUGACAACGAAACUUCACAAUUAUUUCUGGAUUAUGCUUCCAUACAUCAUGUGACACCAUUUCAGUUAGGUCUAAGUAUAUUAUAUACUUUUCUUUUCAAGUUAACACAUGGUGAAAAUGAUUUAUGUCUUUCUUGUCUUAAUGCUAAUCGAUACAAAACUGAACUACAAAAGAUAAUGGGAAUGUUUGUUUCGACAUUACCAUAUCGUAUUCAACUUGAUCCUCAUUGGUCAUUUGAUGAUCUUGUUAAAUAUGUACGAGAGAAAUGUUUAUCAAUUCUUGAACAUUCUCAUUACCCACUUCAACAUAUUCUUGCCAAUUUACAUAUAAAUCAAUCAGAUAUUUCAUUUCUCGAAACUAUGUUUGACUUUAUAACAAUAUCGUCACACAGCGAUGAAUUAUCUUUAGAUGGAGCAAGUUUCAAACAAGUGUCAUUUGAAGAAUCGUUCGAAGUGGCUAAGGUUGAUUUUAUGUUAACAUUUAUCUAUAAUCCAAUAUUGGAAAAUAAUAAAUUAUCAUUUCGUUUAACUUGUUCACAUGAUUUAUUUGAUGAGAUUACAGUUACAAAUAUAGGUCGAAGAUUAGAAUAUUGUUUGCAACAACUUUUUUCAUCAGAUGAAACUAUUAAUCAAAUUGGUACAUGCUUGACAUCUAUAUUGAAAAUUAAUCUUAUUCUACGAGAAGAAAAUCAAGAAAUGGAAGAUGUUAUCUUUUGUCGACAAUCACAUAUAAUAAACGAAGGUAUGUUUUUCUAG